CUUCUGUAAGAUUCUAUGAUCCUAUGAUUCUAAUCAAACUCUGUUCAUUUGCAGGUUACAUUUUUAAACGAGUGAGGCAGCCAUCAUAACAAUGUCUACAAAUGUAGAUGUCUACAGCCCAUAUUAUUUCCCUACUAUGGCCAACUAUGAUGACUCCAUAUCCUCAAGUGUUGAUUAUGAUUAUUCAAGUGGAUUGUGUGACAGAAGUGAGGUUAGACAAUUCAGCCAAUAUUUCCAACCAGCCUUCUAUUGGUGUGUGUGUCUGUUAGGUGCUAUAGGGAAUAUUCUGGUUGUGGUGUUAUAUGCUUUCUACAAGAGAAUAAAGACCAUGACAGAUGUUUAUCUCCUGAACCUAUCUAUCGCUGACCUGCUUUUCCUCUGCACCCUGCCCUUCUGGGCACUAAAUGCCAGCAUAGGAUGGAGAUUCGGAAGCAGCUUGUGCAAAAUUGUGUCCGGGGUGUACAAGAUCAACCUCUUCAGCUGCAUGUUUCUCUUGACCUGCAUCAGCUUUGACAGGUAUAUUGCUAUUGUUCUGGCGACAAAGGCACACUACUCAAAAAAUAAAAGGCUUCUUCAAAGCAAAUUAGUGUGCCUGUUUGUUUGGAUAAUUGCAACAAUAUUGUCUUUCCCAGAGUUUGCUUUCAGUUCAACAAAUGAAUCCCAAAUGACCUGCUCAUCGAAUUACCCAAGCAAGAACAUGAAAGUGGUAGCCUUUGCAUUGCAGGUGACUUUUGGCUUCCUGCUGCCCCUGGUUAUCAUGAUGAUCUGCUACUCACUGAUCACUUGGACUCUGCUCCAGACUAAAAGGUUCCAAAAGCACAAAGCAAUAAAGGUGAUAGUUGCAGUGGUCAGUACAUUCGUACUUACACAAUUGCCUUACAACAGCUUUUUGAUAGUCAAAUUGUUGGAUGCUGACAAUAUUACCAUAACAGACUGCAACACCCUCAAAAACGUGGAUAUUGCCACCCAGAUAACGCAGAGCAUAGCCUUCCUGCACUGCUGCCUCAACCCAUUCCUUUAUGCUUUCAUUGGUGUGAAGUUCCGUCAACACCUCCUAAAAUUUCUGAAAGACAUUGGUUGCUUCAAUCAGAGGCAAUUCCUGAAAUUAUUUAAACCACAGCCGGGCACCAGUAAACGGUCCUCUGUAGUUUCAGAAUCAGAAACUUUUGGAACAUUUGUUUUGUAAACUCCAGGUUCAAUACAUUUAAAGAGGAGCAGGAGCAUGGAUGAAUUGGAUCUGAAAUUGUGUAUUAAGUAGAAAUGCAUCUAAGAAAAAAAAUUGGGAAUUCUUUUUUCUAAUUCUACUUAAUAGUCUUCACCAUUGUUGUAAUAUAAGUGAAUAUUCAUAGUUUGAAAAUAAUAGAAGAAACCUGCUAGCAGCUUAACCUGUCACAAACAUCUUACUCUGCAAUUUAAUAACUCAAGCAAAACUAGUAAUAUGAUCAUACUGGAUGUAUAUUUGAAUGGCUUUCACUGGAUGUAUAUUUGAAUGGCUUGCGCUACUGGGGAUAAAGAAAUGGGCCUGUAUUAGCCAUGAUUUGACAUUCCCUAGAGGUUUGUGGAAAGGCUUGAUGACAGACCGGAAGGCAUUAGUCAAGGACAAACCAGCUGAGGAUAAAUGGGCAUCCUUCAAAGACAGUGAAUGCAGGACAACUACAUACCCAAAGUCAAGUGCAGCAGCAGAGGAACCUUCCAACAAAAAUACUCCAACAUUGAUCCUCAGAAAUCAUGAAAAGGAACGUUAAGAAAAAGCAAGAUUUGCAAAGUUUGUACGCAUACUGAGCUGAGCACCAGAUUCUACAGGACUUUCAAAAUCCUGUUACCCCCAUAAUGUUUUUUGCAGUGCUCUGACCAACAACUGAAACAUGUGGAAGAAUGAUGAUAAUUGU